GGAAUUGUCGUUUUUCUACCUUCAUAUGACUACAUUGCCGAUAUGUUCAAGCAAUGGCAAGCAAGUCAGUUGUUGAGUCGCCUUACUACCACGGGGCGACGUGUGUUUCGAGAGCCACGCGGCUCUGGCGGCAUGAACUCAGUGAUGCAAGCAUAUGAGGUAGCUGCGCGACAGGGACUACGUGGCGCCGUACUAUUCUGUGUAACUGGAGGCAAGCUGAGCGAAGGCAUCAAUUUCUCAGAUGAUUUAGCUCGAGCUGUCGUGAUUAUCGGUUUGCCAUACAUGAAUCCGCAGUGUCCGUUGGUGAGGGAACAUUACUUUUUGAAUUGGUUCUGUAAGAAUUGGCUGUACUGA